UGGAAGCAGGUGUGGAUACGCCAUCAGAGAGCUCGUUAUUUACCGAGGGUGUUAUAAAUUACAGCAGUGAAUGUUUGUUUCGGCUUUGACGUCCAGCAGGAAUUCCUCAUCCAGUCAUUUACAAGAAUGGCAGUCAAGUCACUUCUGAGGGGUUUCAGACCAGGAGGAAUGGCAUACAGUAUAUCACAACUGUGGCAUAAUUACCCCAUGACUAAUGGACAGUUCAGAUUGCCCUGAAAGCCUAUUGUUGUGCUAUGGACACAUAUAGCUGAAACAAAGAGCAGUACUUCUCAGGAAACACAUGGAUUUAGGAUUACAUCACCAGCUGAUCCAUAAAACUCAACUUGUGCCAACUGGGCAGCCCAUGCCAAAGUAUCACCUCUGUGGAGAAGCUAAAUAACACAACCACUCUGUAAUCUUCUAAGGAAUUCAUCCUACACAUUUCUCCUCUGUGUUGGUCCCUGAAAGAGUUCAAAACUGUUUCUCCAACGCUUUUUUCAAAAACUCAGACUGUUUUCCAAAGCAGAAGUGGCCCAGCCAUCCCAGUCAGAAGUGAUGGGAAGUGUGCGAGCCCACCGCUAUAGCAUUGUGUCCUCGGAAGAAGAUGGAAUGAAGCUGGCCACGAUUGGCCUGCCAAACGGCUAUGGUAAUGGUAAUGCUGGGGGUAAGAAGCAUACGCAUCAUCAAACUCAGAGCCGUUUCGUGAACAAAAAUGGACACUGCAAUGUGCAGUUUAUCAAUAUGAGCGAAAAGGGUCAGCGUUACCUGGCUGACAUUUUCACAACAUGCGUGGACAUCCGUUGGCGUUGGAUGUUGGUUAUCUUCUGCCUGUCCUUCCUUCUCUCCUGGCUCCUCUUUGGUUUUGUGUUUUGGCUAGUUGCACUGUCAUAUGGAGACUUGGACAAUGAGGAACAGAUAUGUGUUUCAAACGUUGACAGUUUCACAGCGGCCUUCUUGUUCUCUGUAGAGACUCAGACUACCAUUGGUUAUGGUUACCGCUACAUAACUGAGGAUUGCCCCAUUGCUGUCUUCAUGGUGGUCUUCCAGAGCAUUGUGGGGUGCAUCAUUGACGCAUUCAUCAUCGGUGCAGUCAUGGCCAAAAUGGCUAAGCCUAAGAAAAGGAACGAGACACUAGUAUUUAGCCAUUAUGCUACAAUCGCCAUGAGGGAUAGUAAACUGUGUCUGAUGUGGAGGGUGGGAAACUUGCGAAAGAGCCACCUGGUGGAAGCUCAUGUUCGUGCACAGCUCCUCAAGUCCCGCACCACUGUUGAGGGGGAAUAUAUACCUCUGGAUCAGAUUGACAUCGAUGUUGGCUUUGACACUGGCAUUGACCGUAUAUUCUUGGUGUCCCCCAUUACUAUCAUUCAUGAGAUUGAUGAAGACAGUCCAUUCUACGACAUGAGCAGAGAGGAGUUGGAAAGCUCCGAAUUUGAGAUAGUGGUCAUUCUGGAAGGUAUGGUAGAAGCAACUGCCAUGACCACACAGUGUCGCAGUUCUUACAUAGCUAGUGAAAUUUUGUGGGGCCACCGGUUUGAGCCUGUUCUUUCUGUGGAGAAAAAUGACUACACGGUGGACUAUUCAAAGUUUGAGAACACUUAUGAGGUUCCCAGCACUCCACAAUGCAGUGCCAGAGAACUUGCAGAGAAAAAGUACAUCAUGUCUGCCUCCAACUCCUUUUGUUAUGAGAAUGAAAUAGCUCUCAUGGAUAAAGAAGACAUGGAUGUUGAGGAAGAGCAUGAGGAAGUAAAGAAUGACCUCUUUGGUAAGAAUUUGGUGUUUGAGGGUGCAAACACUGAACUGGUCUCAGAAACAGCUUCCAGUCAGGAAACUGUACUUUUGGAGCCCAGACCGCUGAGAAGAGAAUCUGAAAUCUGAUUGGGAAAGUAUGUUAGUCUAGUAGACCAAAGAUAGAAAUGAAGAGAGCAUAGAUUGCAUAUAUUAGUACAUUGUUGCAGUCAAAAAAAAUUGUAUCUACAAAAUGGAAACAUGAUAGUAGAAGGAAAAUGUAUGUUGAAGCUAAUAAGACUUAAUUCCAAGAUAUUCUGUUAAUCAUGGUAAAUUGACAAUGUUUGAGGAAUUUUGGGCCAUUUCUGUUGUCCAUGAAAUCUGCAUACAAUAAAAA